AUGGGGACAUUCUUGAGAGUCAGUGUGAGUGUGCUGCUGGAAUGGGGCCAAAUGCACAUUGUAAACAUAUCAUUUUUAGAGUGUAUUCUUGUAACCAAAAUUACACUGGAAGAAAGAAAAGCAAUUGAAAGGAGAACCAUAGGACAGAGUAAAAACCCUCGGUGGUAUGAUGAAAGAACAAAGAGAUUGUCAUCAUCAAUGUUUGGUCGCAUUGUGAAAGCUCUAAAUUCUGACAAAACAGACAAAACAAAACUAGCAUCUUCAUUGGUGAAUGUAGUCAAAAUAACUGCACCAGCAUUAAAACAUGGACUUAAAUAUGAAACAAUGGCCAUAUCGAGAUAUAUGACAGAAUCUGGAGAGGAAGUUAAAAUGUGUGGCAUUGUUGUUGCCAGAGAUUUUCCAUUUUUGUCCUGCUCACCAGAUGGCAUUAUAAAUAACAAACGAAUAGUUGAAGUGAAGUGUCCUUAUUCUGCUAAAGAUAAACCAAUAAACAGUGUAACUGUGCCCUAUCUGAAAUCUGACAAAGAAUCUGGAUUUUAUUUAGAUAAGAUUCAUGAUUAUUUUUUUCAAAUUCAAGGUCAACUUCUUUGUACUGAGGCAGAAGAGUGUGUGUUUAUUGUUUACACAAUAACUGACAUGGUUUACUUUAAAGUACCUCGUGACGAAGAUUUUAUUAUGAAAAUGAUACAGGGCUUGAAAACCUUUUUUGAUUUGUAUUUCAAGGAAGCACUUUUAGAAAAACGAUUUUACAAAACAUAUGUUGAGUAAUGGUGACACUUAAAAGAUUUCUGAAAACAUCAAACUUUGUUGAUAAUAUUAAGAGAAUACAUGCAUAGUGUAUUGAUGGUCAAUGUGAUGUAUUUAUAAAACUAUCAAAAAUAUUUUGCUCAUAGAAUUAUAGAAAAAAUAAAAUG